CGGGUGUUUGUGUGAUUUAAGCACGUUUCGCGAUCGAGUAUCGUAAACAUAAUACUGGCCAUCUUCGAAUGCUAGAAUUGACCUUGCAGUGUGCACUUUUGCAGUUGACUUCGCCACCGCCAUCAAUGUCGCCCGUUGUUCUCGUUGUCGCAUUCCAGAGAUAGGGUUAAGUGAUUUUACGGUGAUGCGUGUAUUCAGAUUAAAAUUGGUACGGAAAUGUGACAGGGUGGGCAAUGAUAGUGAUUAAGGUGAAGAUCAAAAAGUGUGGUAGUUGCGCAUAGUUGCGAUUGUUGGAAGAGAAGCUUCUAAAGUUACGGCAGAUCGGCGGUUGCAAGAAAAAGUUGGUAAAGGAACUGUCGCCACAAAAUGGGAAACUAUUGCAGUUCGGGUCAAACCAAGAAGGAUAAGGAUAAUUCCUCGGAGAAGUCAGAAGAAUCGCCCUCAUAUCAGCUGGCCGAAAAGGGUAAACCCAAAUCCAACGAUGCAAAAGAAGCUCCUCUGGCAGCACCGGAAGUUACCUCCGACGGUUCCGGCACAGGGCCCGUUUCGAACAACUCAACUGCCAGCGCUGCGAUUGGAUCCGCUCCAGUAGCGGCCGGUGGCCCAACCGAAGCAAGCAGGGCGCAAUUGAAGUCACUGCAGAAUGUUCAAUCGGUGACACUCUCUGAUUCAACAUCUAACAGUCCCAUGGCUGCUACACCACCAUGCGAUAUCCUGUCGGUUCAGCAAAAUCUUCCCCAGAACCUGACACCGUUGUACGGGAAACCAGCUGCUAGUCGCCGUACGGAUAAAUAUAAGAAGAUUGUUCUCUACAUUCUGGCGGCCGAUGAUGGGUAUCAAGCGGAGAAAACUGUGCUGCGGGAAGUCUUCAAGGGUUUGAAUCAGAAGUGCCAAAGUCGUGGUUUUGAGUUGCAUGUUUCCGAUCUGCACGUACUGCAAGCCAGGGGCAACAGUUUCAACGUGACAAACUGGCUCAGCGGUCCGCUGGAGGCUCAAGGGGGGCACGAUCUGGCGGCAAACUGCUUGGCGGAAAUCGCUCGCCAAUCGUGCGAUUCCUAUUUGAUUCCGAUUUUGUUUCUGAGUUCCACUUUGGGCGACCCGUUGCUGCCGCUGACUAUCGAAAAUCAAGACUUUACUACGGUGCUACAGACGGCCGAGUUGAGCGCACCGGACCGCGCCAUUCUGGAGAAGUGGUAUACAUUGGACGACAAGUCACAGCCAGCGUGCUACCGUUUGAAUGCCAAAAAUAACUCGAAUCUAACGGCAGAAGAAUCGGAGAAGGAGCUCUCUACGUUGCUGAAAAUUUUAAUAGACGUCUUCUCCAAAGAGCUGCGAGAUUCCUAUCUGACUACGGUUGUUGAGCAGGAAAUCAACAACACCGUUCUCAUCAAUCAGGAACUCUCUAAGCGAUGUCUUUGGAUUCAAAAUUCCAUCCCACCGUUGAAAGUCACGGAAAAUUCCUCAUCCGUAGAAGCAGAAAUGGUUCGCAGAUUGACCAACACACAAAACGAUUUGAAGAAUCACCUCAGCGAAAAACACAUCAUUCGAAUUUCGGCAAACAUAGCGCAGCAGCAGGACCAGUUCGCCACAAUGCUGGAAAACUGCCUGUCUACGGAGAUUGGUCUCAUCGCCGAUGAGCAUAUGAGUAAAUAUUCGAUUCCCAUGUGCACGUACGGAGUCGAUCGUCGGUUGUUGAGUGAGAUCGAGGAGGUAAAUCGCCACUCACGUGUUCUGAACGAAAAUUGCGCCAAUUUUUCCAUAACGGACCGAGUGAAGGAAUAUCUCACCAGCAACCGUCGGAAACCGCUGGUGGUGUUCGGCAAAACCGGUGCCGGGAAGAGUGUUCUUGUGGCGAAAAUCUCUCAGAAUAUUCACACGUGGCUGCCGGAGUCUCAUCUAGUUUUGAGAUACGCCAAUCUAACUGCCAUGAGUUCCGACGUCACCUCGUUAUUGGGAUCGAUUACUGAACAGAUUUCGGUAUUAGUGAAUAGUGUACCAACUCGUUGCAACCACACAAUUGAAUCGUACUCGGAAGCUCUGAAGCAAUUGAUAGAAGGCACAAAGCAGCAGAUAACGAUUUUAAUCGAUUCGGUCGAUGGUCUUCAGGACUUGGAUGCGUUAGAUUGGCUACCGCUUGAACUGUUGGACAAUGUGAAACUAGUUCUGACUGUAUCGUCCAGCUGCACCAGCCUGGAUCAGCUCGGAGCAGAUGAUGUGGUGCUGAAACGGCUGAAGGAGAAGAUUUCCGACGCGGAAUGUUUUCUGUACUUGAGCCCGUUCACCCAGGAACAAUGGGAGGAUGUGCUGUGUUUCGGAGGUGGGGCAAUUUACUCGGCAAAUGGCGCUCUACAGUUACCUGACAGUUGGAAGAAAUCAAACGAGAAAAUUUCGGUGCAGGCGAAGAUACUUUGGUGGCUUGCGUGGCUCGGAGUGACAGAGCUGGAUGAUACAUCUGUGUCACACAUUAGCGAGAAGGUGUUUGACAUUCUGGAGGAAAAGUUCACUAGCGUUAUCACUAGGUUUAUUGUGUCGGUGCUGCUAGCGGCGCGGGAAGGUCUACUCGAAACGGAGAUUAUUACGCUUAUUAGGAAUUCUAAUUUAGUUACAGGAUCCACCACAAAGUUAUGGACACAUUUUUGCUGGAAAAUGGGACCAUUAUUUCUGCACAACAAAAACAUUAUCGUUGUGGACAAAACGCUCAGAGAAGUAGCUAGGAAGCGAUACGAGAAGGACAUUCAAGAGGCGCACAAAACACUGUACGAUUACUUUGAGACGCAGCCGAACUGCUACAUCGAUAAGAAAGGAAAAGAUAAAAGCUUCAACAUCAGGAAAUUCAUAGAACUCCCAUACCACAAGUACAAGUUAGAAGCCAGUGCAGCAUCCUUUGCCUCCUCGUCUUUCCUCACCGAUCUGGGCUGGCUUCACGAGAAACUAACCGCUACCGGCUGUGUUCAUUUGUUGAAUGAUAUUUAUUUAGCGAACUUAACUGAAAAUAGUGGCGUUCAAACUUUCGCCCAUUUGCUGGUGUUGAAAAAGUUUCUGGAGACUUACUACAAGGCUUUGAACUACGACGGUCAGCAGAUGAUUUCCUUACUGAAUGUGUACAUUACGGCGGAAAUGAAGGCCGACGGGUCGAGCUUGGCUGAUAAUGCGGUGCUGAAAAAGUGGUGCAAAUUUAUCGAUUCCAGCCCGUUAACAUAUCUGCAGAAGCUGGAGUUCAGUGAACCGAACUUCGUAACGGAAGACGAGAAGAAGGAAAGCGGAAAUGAUAAAAUUUCCUCGGUGGGUUACGAUCUGAUAAUGAACUUAAACAUUGAUGGGUUCUUCGUAAUAUCAUUGAGCACUGAGAGGGAGGAGAUCUGCGUGUGGGAUGUUGCUAAGUGUUGUAAGGUGCGAACAUUGCUCGGAGUGCCACAGCCAUCGUCGAUUUGUCCAGUUGGAGAUAAUGGUGUGGCUGUUUUGUGCAGGAGAGAAAUUAGGAUCGUCGACCUCGAUGAAGGAAAGUUCAAGGUUACGUUGAAAGGUGUCAUGAAUCAAAAGAUGCCAUAUUUUGGCCUGCAUGAUGCGUCACACCUGGUAUGUCUGUCAAGAAAUCGGAUGUAUGUUAAUUUAAUGAACAUUGACUCUGGAGACUGCGUUACUACGUUUAAAGCUGGUGAAGAUAGGUUCCUUAAUUCUCUACUGGUAUCCGGCGAUGGCAGAAUUCUGGUGUGUGGCGAUGAAACGCAGAAACCGUUCCCAUUACUCGUUUGGCAUUUAUCGCAAAAGAAGCUGCUCUACGACCUCCGAAUACCCCAUCAUGACUUCAUCACAUCGCUGUCUGCCAUUACCCACGAAGGAUCAUACGUUUGCGUAGUGGCCAAAGAGCUUGCAGAGCCCAGUCCGAAUUUCAUCGUUGUAUACGAUUUACAGAGCGGUACCUUGUUCAAGAAAUGGAAACCAUCGUGUAACACCGUUUCGCUAGCCAUUUCUCAGACCAACACGUGCGUCAUCGCUGGCUUGGAGGAUGCUCGAAUAUUGAUAUGGGACUUGGUAACAGGUAACUGCCGAUGCACACUGACUGGACACAGCGCACCGGUAACACUGCUGAAGCUGGAUCCUUCGGGUAAAAUACUGCUGUCCGGAGAUAAAGAUGGGCGUGACAUGUCGAUCCGUUUGUGGGAGCUGGACAGUGGCAAAUCACUGGCCGUUUACACACCGCAAGAGAAGAUCACCACCUGCGAGAUCCUCAACGGUGGCCAGUACUUGGCGAUUGCACUCGAGAACAGAGCCAACAUCAUAACGCUGAAGCUGCGGGGCGGCGGCACCGUUUCCGAUCCGGAUAAAGCGAAGGAAGCAAUCGUAUACGGUAAACAGGAAAACUGCGGGAAAGUUUUCGAUUUGAAACAGUAACACGUUUAAGGUUGAUACUUUUUGUUUAUGGUUAUUUAUUGUUGAUAAUUGUAUGCGUUUUAUUAUUAUUUUUUGUCUUCUCAACAAUAGUUUGGGUGCGCCAUCGUGUAUGAUUUCGUAAUUAAGUAUGUUUCAAUUCUAACAAAUCAUCUCCAAAUCAAAAUCGUUCAAAUAUAUAGCGACGUAUCAAAGCCUUAUUGAUUUUCUGAUUACACCUAGCAUACAUAUUAUCAAUUAGAUAAUUAAGUAUGAAAAGGAAAUAUCUUUACUUUACCAUUGGAUUUUUUUUUUUCAAAAUUUAGAUUGUGUUUAUAAAAAGAUGUGCUCUGGCGUCCCUUACACGUUGUCACAAUUUGAUCACAACGCAAAAGUUUGUUUCCGAAUCGUUGUAGAUACUAGGAAUCGCGUGAGAUGGAAAUUUCCCUCUCCAAGCUUUCUAUUCAUCCACGUCAACAGUUUUGUGAUGAGCAUGUGGGCCCAUACUGUGUGCCACCAAUUUAUAGCUAUAUGAAAACUGGCUUAGCAAUGUUUAUUAUGCAUAAUAUCCAUUGCCGAUAUCUACCUUAUCGAUUUUAAGUCUCACGAUCAGAUAAGAUAAGCCAAAAGACAUUUUAGUUUCAAGAUACAGAUUAUCGCUUCGGUUCCCAUUGCUCUGGUGUCCGAAACAUGUUGGGUACGGUACUGUCAAAUCAUAUGGAGUUUUCCUUCAUUGACAUUCAGCGCCCUAUCCUCGCCAGCAAAAGAUGUUCCGGAAGUGGCAAUCUUUAUCUUGUUACUAAAAUAUAUUUUGAUAAGACGUCUAGUUGUCCUUUUUCGCAACUACUUUGCUGUCAGAAAAGACCGAUUUGACAAGCGCCGGCAAGCAAACAGUGUAACGCGUUUAAACAAUAGUACCUAUAUUAGGCGAUUUUGCGUAAUAAUGUCUUCUAGGCAUUUUAUUGGUAAGUUGUUGCGCUUCUUUGAAGGUAUUAAGCUGAAUGAUAAAUCCCCCUAUUAGUGAGACAAAUAAUUUUUACUUUAUUUUUUAUUUUUCAACACACAAGUUUUGUGUCUACACGAAAGUUGUAGCAAAACUUCACCUGAAAAACUUUGUCGAGGAAUUCAAGUUCGUAAUUUCAUUAUUUUUGAAGAUAUUUCACAUUUCAUGCCAACAACCCCUUAAAAAUUGUUUUUUCAUCAAUUUUUUUUAUUUGCAUCGACUAUGAUUUAAUACUUGAACUGUCGAGUUGUAAGCGGAUGUAAAGUAUGUUGAAUCAAAAUUUAUUUCCUACUGUUCAAAGCAGAAAUCAAUCAUUGGUAUUUUGCCAUGACUCUUGUGGAACUUUAAGUAGUCCUUAAGGACAAGCAUAAUAGAAUCCAAUUUCAAAAGUACUCGCGUUUUCAAGGGCACACCACUCACUCAAUACGGA